GUAUGAAGUUUGGAUGUAGACCCCUAACAGCAUUAGGAAGUGUUCUAUAAUUAGUGACAUGACAUCAAAAUUUUUACAUAGUUAAAAUAGACCUAGUGAAUUGUAAAUUUAAGAUUAAAAUUGUAUAAGUCAAAGUCUACAUUAUUUGUGAGUUGUGUUCUAUUUAAAUUACGAGAUUUCAAGGUUAUUAAUGGAACUUUAACUUGAUCACAAGUGUUCAUGAUUUUGAUUGGCAAAAUGAACGUUUUAAUAUAUUUUUCUCUUGCAAUUUGUAAUUUGUGUGUUGUUAAUACUGAGAGAAGGACAAUAAAUAGUACAAUCUUGAAAGAAAAAACAAAACUGAAUACAACGGAGGCAACUGAAACUCUGUACAAUACACAAGAUGUAACGAUAAACCCAUUAGAAGUAAUGAAUACAGUAGUUCCGAAAAUCGAAAUUACUGAUUCUCUAGUAAUAAACACUACAGAUUCAAAUAAUGACCUCGCAGUAACUAGAGAAUCAAUUGAAACUAAAUCGAUAUUCAAUAUAUCUUCAAAAACAGUUGAAGAUAUUACGGAAGUAAUUAAAGCUUCAGACAAAGUAGAAGAUGCAACUGAAACUGCAAUAGAAGCACCGAAAAUUACACCUACAGUAGUCAAGGGAUCAACAGACAACAAAAUUACAGAUAAUAAACAGAUAAAGGAAACUCAAACAGACCUCGAUUUAGAAGCAUCGAAGACAGCAGUUUUGGGAACGACCGACCCCACAAUCACGGAAGUUGUAUCGACGAUGGAAACUAAAAAAGAACCCGAUUUAGAAGAUACUCAUAAAGCCACCAAAGCAAGCAUUUCUACGGAAAUUAAUAACAUUUCGACAGAAGAGACAAAAGUAGUAGAAACGACAGAGGUAGAAGUUAUUACAAAUGUGAUUUGCGAGGUUUGCGUAUGCAGAGAUAGGGAGGUGGAUUGUAGUAAUAAUAAUUUGGGGACUGCAUUCACAAUGACAGAUUGGGAUGGUCUUAUAGACUUUGAGCCAUUAUCAGUUGAUCUAAGCCAAAAUCCAUUUACAACCCUUACUCGUAUUUCGAAUUUAACAACUCUAAAAUACCUCAAUGUAUCUAAUUGUAAGAUCGAAAGCAUUGAGGCAACUACGUUCAGCUAUUUGACGGAGUUAGUGAGUUUGGAUCUGAGUGGAAAUAGGCUUGUUUCUUCUUCUGUUAACAAAAGAGUUUUUGUGGGCAUUAUGGAUUCAAAAGUCGGCUUCCUACCAUUCUUCAAACUCCGGUAUUUAAGUCUAGCUAACAACGAUAUUCAUUCUCUGGCGCAAGACGUCUUUGUCUUCAUGUCAGAUCUUACAACUUUGGACUUGAGUGGUAAUCCACUGGGCUACAUCGACCAGGUAACGAUGGGUGCUAUAACUGAUUUGGAGGAUCUAAGGGAAUUAAACUUAAAUGGCUGUAAACUGGAGACUCUUCCAGCAGGAAUAUUCAGGAGACAACAUCGCUUAAAGCGCUUGGAUCUAAGCAAUAACAAAUUCACUACGGUCCCUUUAUCUUUAGGAGAAGCUAUCAAUCUGGAAUAUUUAGAUUUCAGCCGAAACCCUAUAGAAAUUUUUAAUGAGAGUAGCCCCAUAUCAAACCUCAAGAAGUUAAAGGAGUUGCAUCUAAAUCAGUUAGCAAAACUCCAGACAGUAACAGAUGGAGCUCUAAGUGGGCUAUCGAACCUGGAAGUUCUGGACCUGUCCUUCAAUCAAAGGCUGAGUCUGCUAGAGGAUGGAUUCCUGGUGUGGACUGAAGAGCACACAGAGCAAGAAAUGUGGCCUCCACUACGAGAGUUAUACCUUAACAACAACAAUUUAUCAAGAAUCUACUCAGGAUACCUGGAGCGUUGGGACCUACUCUCCAGGUUUGAUUUUAGCAACAACCCUUACUUAUGCGACUGCAGUAACCAGUGGAUUGUGGAUGUCUUGGUUCCCUUAAUCAGGUCUUCUCCAUCAAACGGUACUUUACCGAAUAUGAUCUGCAAGAAACCCAAAGAGAUGAAGGGCGUUUCAUUCAUGCAGCUAAACAAUUCUUCCAAAAUACUGCCGUGUCCAGAUCAGGAGCUAAAUUUGUUGCCUGCGCCUGAUAUGGCUAUACUGCUUGGAAUUAUGAUAGGCAUAUUCGUAACUUUUCCGUUAGUGCUUGUGCUAGUCCUGCUUUGGAGGCGAGGAACCUUCGCCAGGUGCAGGUCUAAGAGAAUAGACUCCGACUCGGACGAAGAAGAAACUGAUGCCUUCUGAUAUGAUGUGAAUAGAAGAAUUAUGAUUGUCAGUAUUAUUAAGUUUCGUAAGGACCUUAGUUUGCAGAUAUUAGAUCUGAAGCGUUAAGUGAAAGUAUAAACGUAAAACCCAAUCAGAAUAAGUAUUUGUAAGCAAGUAAAAAAAAUCUUAAGCCCGUAUUCACAAACGUUACUUAGCUAAGUACGGAGUAAUGCUGUGAUAAUGUGACCCUGACGUUCAGGAAACGGUCCCACAUCUCCUGCUCGAGUGUCCCAUCCACGCAGUGGAAAGAUACGAUCUGGAGAUUGAAUUAGACAUAAGUUUAAAAAUAGACAAUAUAAAUAAGAUC